UUUUCUCUUGGCUCUUUUUCGGCCGUACCGGAAGAUCAGCCAAGCACGCCAAAUGGCCCAUGGUGUAAGGCCGGCAAACCAUCUGCGGUGGUGUUGACUGGACCGUAUAUACGACAUUGCUGGAAUCAGACCUGGAGACCCGUUGGAUGCAAAUGUCACUCACUGCCUGUCGGCCUACCUAUCUAGCCAACCGAGAGAGAUCCGUAAGUCGGUCAAGUGAUAGGGAGAAGACCAGUGGGAAAGCUGGAUGUAAGUUGGGAUCGGGUGCGAACAGUAAGAAAGUGCCAAGGCCAAACAGAGCAAAAAUUACACCGUCUCCAGACGGAAAGCUUGGGUAUAUGAUACCAAUGCCAAUAGCCCUGAGCGGUGCCCUUUACCCCUUUUUACAAGCCUUGUACGCGCCAUUUUGGAAUAUCUUGUCUACCUCAUAGCCUUCGAGUGAAGUUGACAGUGGUGUAUGGACAGUGUUGUGGAUUUCACGAUCGAUCACCGUUGAAGCACAUACACACACACGCACUCUCUCCCUUGCCCCUCGUCCUAAUGAUAUCUA